UUUUUUUUGACAGAUGCCACUCAAAAUGAAUACAGCGACAGAACCGAAUCACUAUUGGCUUUCUUGAAACAUUUCAACCAUAGCAGACAUCACGUGACUAAUCCCGAAGGAAAGAAGAAAGCGCAGGAGUUCAUUCAUCAAACUUUCCAGGAUUUGGGCCUUGUCACGUGGCUUGAAAAAUUUGAACCCGAUUAUCCAAAGGUGACUAUCCUUUGUUUUCUGGUUUAUGUUUACUUAGUUUACUUGUUUAGUCAAUUGUUUUAUAAUGAAGACCAGGAUGUUAUUUCCUGAAAAAUCACGGCGUCUGUUCACAAACCCAGUGCCCACUUGGUGAUGCUACUUAUCACUUGAUCCUGUUUCUAACUCUUCCCCCCUCCCCUCCCCCCCCUCCCUUGAUGUAAAGUUAUUCCGUCGUAGACAAGAGAAUAUCAACAAUUGAUAUUAUCUUGAUCGCCGACGGUUACUCCCGAAGUGUACCUGAUAGUUUAUCUGUACCCAUUUAUACUACAGAACGGAGAGAAGCGUUGUUAGGGAUGAAGUGUCUUGCCCAGGAACACCCCGGCCAAUUCUCCAGCCUCGUUGACAGUCAGUGAGUCAGCCAGUGUGUUAGUCUGACCGUCGAUCAGGUGAACCGUUUCACCUCAAAAGAAAUGGCCAAGUCAAUUGAUGCCUCUUAAAUGACCCAUUCUAGCAAAACACGUAUUUUUUCAAAUCAUUCUAAGAUUUGUUUGUGAAAAUUCUGUCUUCCCUUUUAAGUACGCGACUGGAGAAAACAUAAUCGGAAUGCUCCCUGGCAAACUCGCUGGCUCGCCAAACGACAGGUUGUUUCUGAUCGGUGCUCAUUACGACACGAUGCGAACUACCUUACAUGGUAGUGACGAUAAUGGUUCAGGCGUGGCUGCUAUGCUUCAGGUUGCUAAGCAGCUCGCCAAAGGUAUGGUUUGUCACGUGAUUGUCUACUUGGAAUGAUGUUUUGAAUAUUCUGUUUAAAGGUUUUAUUUGCGUUUAUGGACAAAAAAGUGCGCUCAGGCAACUUGAAGGUAGCUUCGCACACACUCACAAAUAUGGUAACGAAAAAUGAUAACCGGAUCAGAGAUGAACUGAAAGAUCAUUGUUAUCUUCGGCCGAAGAUCUUCACACUAAGACAACAAAAUAGAUGUAUCUUACUUUCACUUUAUCUAUAAGCGUGUACUGAUUAUUGUUGUGGCACUAUCAGUGAAACAGCGAGAGACAGGCAGGUGUGGACUGUUUCCUUUUCUUCUCCGCAUCGCCGUCGGUGCAGCAGCGCGUAUAAUAUAUAAAGCCGGCUUUUUCACAGGACCUCAGUGGUUCGCAAGAAGGGUCUAUUACGCUCUUUACUUUCUGCUUUUCUUUUUUCCAGAUUUCUCCAGCUGUACCCGUAGUUUCAGCGUUAUCUUCGUUGCAUUUGACUUUGAAGAAUGGGAAUUUGAUUGUUCCAACCAAAGCGUCGUACCCGAAUGUGCUUGUGGCUCUAUCGACUGUGGAAGUCGCGCUUUUGUCGCAAAUUUCACCCAAUUUUACAACGGGUCCUUAAACUCAAACGGAAAGCUUCAGGGAGCGAUUAUCAUGGAUACAAUGUUCAAUUAUAACACUACGCCUCAUUCGCAGUUUCUCCCAUUUGGAGUAGAACAUCUCGCACCAGAAAUUUACCAUCAGAUCAAAGAGGACGAGUUUCGAGGGGAUUUCCUUUCCAUGAUUGGACGACAAGUGGAUGAUGCAGCGCUUCUGAACUCAUUCUGGUAUCAUUACAGUCAAGUGAAAUCUGGUAAGCAGCCAUCCGGUCGUCUGCCUCGGCUUUCUUACCUUACCAGAUGCUCGCAGUGUAGCAAUCUCCCCUACUUAAAAUUAAACGAGAAUAAAAUCAUUCGCCUUUUUUAAUUGAUAAAUGACGGAUUGAUCUUCAUCGGUGAAUCGCAAUUAAACGAACAUAAAGAAGAGUUUAAGGCUCAGAAUACUACAAUUAAAUCUGAAGGUGCUUGAAUGUAAUAUCAAAUCCUUAUGCCUUCUAUUUUUAUCAUUGAGUUUUUUUCAUUAUUAUUAUUGUUUGCCCGUAAAAGAAGAAAAAUUUAAAAUUUAGUCGUGCAAUGAUAUUUUAAGAUAUGUAAAUUUUUCUCUGAAUGUUAUAUUUACUCACAUGACGCAUUUGACGUUGUAGAUCCCUGCAGUAGGCAGGACGAGUGCUACAUCGAUCUGAAGCUAUCACCAUAAAGUCUCUGUGGCUCCGGUUGUAGAGUCCGAGAGUCUGGGUUCGAUUCCUCACGGGUCUCAAAUCUAUAUCAUUUGCCCCACGGUUGUGACGAGAAUAGCAUCUUUCUCUGGUCUGGAUUUCAGGAGUUUGACGAUAAUCUCCUUAAGCGAUCAGAGAACGCGCGAUGUACCAAAACGAAAUAUUAUAAUAACUCCGGAUUUUUCCAAGUUGAAGAAGACUUGCUGUGACGGUUUUUAAAAAAUUUAUCCGCAAUUGAUUAAUUUCAUAAUAGAAUAGUGUGAUUUUCAUUUACCUUUUUCGAUCCUUCACUUAGCUCUCGGGGACAAAACUGCAAUGUAUCAAGUAAACCUUCCAUUUCAAGGACAGCCAUCAAAACUCCCCGAUCGGGAAUAUAACCUGCUUGGGGAUUUCUUACGUAGUGAUCACGUGUCUUUUUGGGACCAUGAUCCGUCAAUGAGCGCCAUCUUCCUCAGUGACACAGCUGACCAAAGAAGCUACAUGAAAUCGUGUUACCACAAAAACUGUGACAGCCUGAGUCAUGUGACGUCUGAAAUGCUUCAGUUCCUACAGAAGACCACUGACACAAUUCUAGCCACAGUUAAUGACGUCACCAAGUUAUCGUGCAACGGCACGACCAUCACGACUACCACGACUACCACUACAGGUAAGAUGGCGGUUGGUGAGAAGAAGAUAAGAACACGAAGGAAAACUUUAAGCUGAGUUUUUUACUCUGGGAUCUGUAGAAGCCUUUUAGUACUGCUCUCAUCGUAUUUAAUAUGUUGUGCAGCAUAUCUGAUUUAUGGUUUAGUAGUAGUCGGAAUUGGAGGUUCACGCGAGACAAAUUUCUUUGAAAGAAAGAGCAUAACUAAUAUAUUUCACAAAUGUUUAUCUUCCCUUAAAAUGUUAAGUGACAAAAACGUUGCAGUUCGUCAAAUUGGUUGUGGCUUGUUUUUUUUCGCUUUUCCUCUAAUCGUAGAGGACCUUAGAAGAAAUACCAAUAAGUAAAAAGACACCGACCUUGUGAAUCUAUAAACAACUAUCGACUGACGGACAACAAUCAAAUAUCGCUUGACUAAUCAUAACUUUUUUCUUGUUCAUUUUGCAGCUUACGGUAUGAAAGGAUGGGAGAUUGGCCUUUUGGCAUUUGGAACGUUUUUGCUUGGCGCGUUAAUCGCUGGGGCAGCAUUUGUGUUUUACCUUCGCUGGUUCAAGAAAGACGCAUCAUUUGUCAGCCAAGAUCACUUGCAAUCAGGCUUCAAUACAAACGUCAUCUAA